UGCGUGUGUCGUUACUAUGGAGACACAAGGACGCGGGAAUGCUCGUAUGAAAUGUAUGGGACCUCAAGGUGUUUUGAAAUAAUCUUCGAACGAUGAGUAGAAAAAAAGGCAACGAUUUGAUUCCAGGACCCCCAGUAGAUUUAUCAUUCAAAUGCAUCAAUUCUAUGGCAGAUGUGCUGCUGGAAGAUCCCCGCGAGGGCCUGAAACCCUUAAAACGCUGCGAAAACGGGACGCUGCGGAGUCAGGCGGUGCGUCUCAACAACAACACCCUGACAGACCUUCAGGGCUUCGGGGAGACGGUCGGGAAGCUUCUCAGUGACCCGCAGCAGCUCUCUUGGAUAGAUCUGUCCUUCAACGACCUACCCAACAUUGACCCAGUCCUGACAACUUACCCCCUGCUCUCUGUCCUCAACCUUCACGGUAACAGCAUUAGCCAGCUCUCAGAGGUCGAUAAACUGGCAUCUCUGCCCAACCUGAAGAGCCUCACCCUGCACGGUAACCCCAUAGAGUCGGAGAAAGGGUACAGGAACUAUAUCUUAUCGGUUCUGCCGCAGCUCAAAUCCUUGGAUUUCAGCGGAGUCACCAAACAAGAACGGGCGACGGCAGACGUAUGGAGACGCAUGAACACCAAGCCAAAGCGGCCGAAGACAACCAAAGACGAAUAGCCUCACCCUACAGCCGUGGCAGAUGGUGAAGACCGUGCAACACUCGUGUUUUAGGUUACCAUACGCUAAACAGCCAUAUUUACUGUUUCGCCUCCAUUCCGGGAUUUAUUCUACCCAAAAGAAUUGUUAACCCUUUCCAAGGGAGUGGUUUAGCUAUAUAACAAUAGUGCAAUGUAAUUAAUUCUGAUCUGUGUUUAAAGGCGCUGUUCCAUCUGCUUGGCUGAAACAUCAUCCUUUCCCAGAUAUAGUUCUUCAUUCGUGUAAAAUGUUAUAUCUCAUAAUUGUUUAUGGGAACACUUGUCUUGUGAUACGGAUGAGCAAACACCUGAGAGGGUUGUUGCCAUAGAAACAAGGAUGUUUCUUGAACGUUUCUGUGUUGUUUUUAUUUUAUUGAACCUUCAGGGAAAGAAUAAAAUGGGAAAUCUGCUAAGGUC